UAGCCAGAUAGAUUAAUGCGCACUGUUACCCAGGGACGCGAAGACAAGAACCAACGACCAGCAGAGAAUGAAUAUCCGCGGCGGCGUCCGCCAGGGAGCAGCCGAGCGCCAAGUCUGCGGUACUGCGCCUGCGCCUCGCGCGCCGCUGCGUCCACUCUACGCAUGCGUGGCGCGGCCCAGCGUCCACUGGAGCCAGAAGAUGGCGGCUUCCGCGGUUUGCCGGGCGGCCAGCGCCGGGACGCGAGUGCUGGUGCGCAGCCGCCGCUCGUCCUGGUCGCCCCUUUCCAGCAGCCGGCCCUGCUGAGGUCGCCUGUCUUGCGGGGCAUCGCCACCUACGCCCAGGCCCUGCAGAGCGUGCCGGAGACGCAGGUCAGCCAGCUGGACAACGGGCUGCGAGUGGCCUCGGAGCAGUCCUCCCAGCCUACCUGCACGGUGGGGGUGUGGAUUGAUGCUGGCAGCCGUUAUGAGACUGAGAAGAACAACGGGGCAGGCUACUUUGUGGAGCAUCUGGCUUUCAAGGGAACAAAGAAUCGACCUGGCAUUGCCUUGGAGAAGGAGGUAGAGAGCAUGGGGGCCCAUCUUAAUGCCUACAGCACCCGGGAGCAUACGGCUUACUACAUCAAGGCACUGUCUAAGGACCUGCCAAAAGCUGUGGAGCUCCUGGCCGACAUUGUGCAGAACUGCAGCCUAGAAGACUCCCAGGUUGAGAAGGAGCGUGAUGUGAUCCUGCAGGAGCUGCAGGAGAAUGAUGCAUCUAUGCGGGACGUGGUCUUUGACUACCUGCAUGCCACGGCAUUCCAGGGCACACCUCUAGCCCAGGCCGUGGAGGGGUCCAAUGAGAACGUCAGGAAGCUGUCUCGGGCAGACCUGACUGAGUACCUCAGCCGGCAUUACAAGGCCUCUCGAAUGGUUUUAGCAGCAGCUGGAGGGGUGGAGCACCGGCAGCUGCUAGACCUCGCCCAGAAGCAUUUCUGCAGCCUCUCUGGGACAUACACUGAAGACGCUGUGCCCACUCUCACUCCCUGUCGCUUCACUGGCAGCGAGAUCCGCCACCGUGAUGAUGCCCUGCCUUUGGCCCAUGUGGCCAUUGCAGUGGAGGGGCCUGGCUGGGCCAACCCGGACAAUGUGGCCCUCCAGGUGGCCAAUGCCAUCAUUGGCCACUAUGACUGCACUUACGGUGGUGGCGCGCACUUGUCCAGCCCACUGGCUGCAGUUGCUGCAACCAAGAAGCUGUGCCAGAGUUUCCAGACCUUCAACAUCUGCUAUGCAGAGACGGGGUUGCUGGGCGCACACUUCGUCUGCGACCACAUGAGCAUCGACGACAUGAUGUUCUUUCUACAGGGCCAGUGGAUGCGCCUUUGCACCAGUGCCACAGAGAGCGAGGUGGUCCGGGGCAAAAACAUUCUCAGAAAUGCUCUGGUGUCUCAUCUGAUCGGCACCACUCCUGUUUGUGAGGACAUUGGACGUAGUCUUCUGACGUAUGGCCGCCGCAUCCCCCUGGCUGAGUGGGAAAGCCGGAUUGCGGAGGUGGAUGCCAGUAUUUUGCGUGAGGUCUGCUCCAAGUACUUCUAUGACCAGUGUCCAGCAGUGGCUGGAUUGGGGCCCAUUGAACAGCUUCCAGAUUAUAACCGGAUCCGUAGCGGCAUGUUCUGGCUGCGCUUCUAGGCAGGAAACCUGUGCAGGCAAAAGGGCGGGGCCAGGAUCUGUGGUCCCCCCAACCACAAACAUACCACCUCAGUCCUUCAAACCUGUGCUGCGGAUAACCACCAACCAAUAAAGUCCUGUGUUGAGAA